AUGGCUAAGAUCAGAGACCGAACUGAAGACUUUAAAGAUGCUGUCAACAGGGGAGCUUUAUCUUUGGGAUUUAACGAGGCCAAAAGGGCAGCUCUAAUGGCAUCUUUCAUCAUGCACAAACCUCGUGAAAGAUCACCUUUCACCAAAGCUGCAUUAAAAACACUAGAAAGCAUUGGGACUCUAGAACAGUUCUUGAUAAAGCAUAGAAAGGAUUAUGUAGAUCCUCAUCGUACCACAGAAGAGGAAAGAGACAGCAUUGAACAUGAAGUUAGUGUUUUUGUAAAAGCUUGUAAAGAACAAAUUGACAUUCUGAAAAGCAGCAUAACUGAUGAAGAAGCAAAUGCAAAAGGUUGGCUUGGAAUUAGGGGUGACAAUGCUAAUGCAGAUACUGUUGCACACAAACAUGGAGUGGUUUUGAUUUUAAGUGAAAGUCUUCAUUCAGUGACAUCACAGUUUGAUCAACUGAGAGCUAUACGUUUUCAAGAAGCUAUUAAUCGAGCCAUGCCAAGAAGAAAACCAAAACCAAAGCGGGCCCCACUUGAAAAAACAGAAACAACAAGUUCAUCAGAGACGAGGGACCAAAGUGAAAUUACAACUGAACCCAUGAAAGUUCAACAGCAAGUUUUAGAUGACGAAACACGUGCUCUUCAGGUGGAGUUAUCGAGUCUUCUUGAUGCUGCACGUGACACCGAAACAAAGAUGGUAGAGAUGUCAGCAUUGAAUCAUCUCAUGUCGACACAUGUCUUGCAACAGGCUCAACAAAUUGAGUAUUUGUAUGAUCAGGCGGUUGAAGCAACAAAGAAUGUUGAGAUGGGUAACAAGGAACUAAGUCAAGCCAUAGAGAGGAACAGCAGUAGCAGAGUUAUUCUGUUGCUUUUCAUUGCUGUUUUUACUUUUACUAUUCUUUUUCUUGACUGGUAUGAUAAUUAAUACUUACCAAUUAUGUUUUUUUUUUCAAGAGCGAAAAAUGAGUUGAUUGGUUUUAGUUAUAAGGAUGUUGGUUUUUUAUUUUGUUAUAAGUUAUAUUUCAGUAGCAUUCAUGAAUAAUGUAAAAUUAUUAUUAUAUUUCAAUGAGGAAGGAGGGCAAAAAGGGAC